CCAAAUUAAAGCGCGUAUUAUAACGAGAGCAUCAAGCCACCAACGCUAGACAAGUCGGAAACAAACGUAGAGGACGAUGGACGUUGUGGUGAGAAGGUCACCGGCAAUGGUGGUGAGGCCGUCGGCCGCGACGAGCGGCAGCGCCAUAAAGCUCUCGUCUUUCGACAGGCCUAAUGCCACGGUGCCGGUCACGGCGUUCCUGGUGUUCGAGAAUCCGAUCCGCGACGCCGCCAUGACCAUCAAGAGAGCACUCUCCCGAGCGUUGGUCACCUACUACCCUAUCUCCGGUCGUAUUGUUGCAGGGCCUGGCUGCGGCGGCGGCGAUGAUCACGACAAGGAGCUCUACAUCCAGUGCAGCGGCGAGGACGGCGUGGCAUUCGUCGCCGCGUCCACCAACCGUGCCUUUAAGGACGCCGAAUUCUUCACCAGAUCGCCUGACACGAGGGCGCCGCCGCUGGUGGAGGAGCUUGCCGUCUACUACCCGGCCGGGCAAUGCGGCACCGCCGACCCGUUGCUGCUGAUGCAAGUGACGGAGUUCUCCUGCGGCGGGUUCGUCGUGGGUGUGACCUGGAACCAUGGCGCCGCUGACGGCAAUGGGAUGGCCCAGUUCUUGCAGGCCGUCGGCGAACUCGCGCGCGGGUCGCCGUCGCCGUCCCUUGCUCCGGUCAGAUGGGACGAUUCGCUCCCCAGCUUCCCUCCGCCCACCAUCUUCCAAUCCUCCAAGCCGUUGGGCGGGGUCGUCUGCCUGGACAUCACCGUCCCCUCGAGCGCCAUCGACCGCAUCAGAGCGGAGUUCCACGAGCGCUCCGAUGGCCGACGUCAGACGUGCACCACGUUCGAGGCGGUCGCCGCCGUGCUAUGGAAGUGCCGCACUCGCGCGAUCGCCUCUAGCCCGGAUUCUCUGGCUUUGCUCUCCUUUGCAGCUAACGUGCGUAGGCAUGUGAACGCUAAGGAUGGCUACUACGGCAACUGCGUCGGGGCGGCGCUGGUGACGGCCACGGCCGGCACGGUGGCGAACGCGGAGGUCACCGACCUCGUCCAAAUGAUCAAGCGUGCCAAGGAUGGGGUGUAUGACUCGAUGUUCGCCAAGAACGACAACGACUACGACCUGGAUGAGAACCAGCUCGACGAGCUUCUGUACAACGCGCUCGUCCUGUCCUCGUGGCGGAACAUCGGCUUCGAGAAGGCUGACUUCGGCAGCGGGACGCCGAAGAGGGUGAUGUGCUACAUGCAGCCGUCGUUUGUGAGAUGGCCGAGUUGCAUGGUGAACCUGCCGUGCAAAGAGAAGAACGGGUCCAGUAGUGUGUAUUCGGCGUGUGUAAGGGAGAAGCACGCAGAUGCCUUCUUAGGCGAGCUAGCAAAGUUUAGAUGAUUUCAUGUGCGAGAUGUAAUAUGACUUAUAAUAGUCAUACUCCCUCUAUUUCAUGUACGUAAAAAAAUUAUGUAUCUAGAAAUAUCUCAAUGACAACAGAGGGAAUAAUCAGUUGAAGCUAUAGUGCAUCUGUAGCAAUUGUUGUAUGAUGUAUCAGUAGUUUGUUUAUCGUGCUCCUACAUUGUAAUAGAUAGUGCUCUGGAUAUGGAGGACCAA